AUGCAGAGACCGAUUGGAGGGAGAGCCCCAUCCAAACCCGCAGCAAUGGAGGAAGGAAGGGCAACAAACUUCGAUUCCGACACUGACCUGGAAUUACCUCCACAAAACCUCACUUGUUCCAGCAGACAACAACUGAGGAAGUUUAAUGGCGGCGAUGAAAACAACAACAACCUUGAUCAUGACCACAAUUCAUCUUCUCCCCCUGAUGCAGCAGCUACUUCCAUCUCCAGCUCCACUAGGCGCAAGACAGAGAACCCCGGACAAGAAGCAACAGUAAGGAUCAGGAAAAUGGCGCCUACAAAGAUGAGAAGCUGA